UGUUGUCUUUUCAAUUCAUUUAUCUGCAGGAAUGAUUGCGACUAUCAGUCUAGAGCUCACCGCCUGACUGAGGAGGUGAAAGUUGCGCCACAGGAAGAUAAACCGCAAAAGACAAUAUUGCAUGUAUACAUGAUUCUGCGUGUGCAUCGGAUGAGCGGUAUAGGGGAAUUCCUCGCGUCCUAAAAAGUAAACAGAAAAUCGGUGGAUUUGAGAGUUUGCUCAGACGAGAGAGGUCCAAGAGAUAGAGCGAGGGGGAGGAAGAAUAUCUGUGCGUGAUUUUUUGAUUUCUGCUCUCAGUCGUCUCGGCGAGUCUAGACUGAAGAUGCUCUUGGACGCAGGACCGCAGUAUCCCACCAUAGGAGUCACUACUUUCGGCUCCUCACGGCAUCACUCAACAGGCGAAGUCACAGAGAGAGAAGUAGCGUUGGGGAUCAAUCCGUUCGCGGAUGGGAUGGGCGCCUUCAAAAUAAACCACAGCUCCCACGAUAUCGGCUCCGGACAAACGGCGUUUUCCUCCCAGGCGCCCGGCUACGCGGCAGCCGCCCUGGGACACCAUCACCACCCGACCCACGUUGGCUCUUACUCCACGGCGGCUUUCAACUCCACCAGGGACUUUCUCUUCAGAAAUCGGGGUUUCGGGGACGCCACCGGGGCGCAGCACAGUUUGUUCGCCUCCGGAAGUUUCGCAGGGCCACAUGGACACUCGGAUGCAGCGGGGCACCUGCUCUUCCCGGGGCUCCACGAGCAAGCGGCGAGCCAUGCGUCUUCCAACGUGGUCAACAGCCAGAUGCGGCUGGGCUUCUCGGGGGACAUGUACGGACGGGCCGACCAAUACGGUCACGUUACGAGCCCACGGUCCGACCACUACGCGUCGACCCAGCUGCACGGCUAUGGCCCCAUGAACAUGAAUAUGGCCGCGCACCACGGAGCAGGGGCCUUCUUUCGAUACAUGAGGCAGCCGAUCAAGCAAGAGCUCAUCUGCAAGUGGAUCGAGCCGGAGCAGCUGACGAAUCCCAAAAAGUCGUGCAACAAAACUUUUAGCACGAUGCACGAGCUCGUGACCCAUCUGACGGUGGAGCAUGUGGGGGGACCAGAGCAGACCAACCACAUCUGCUUCUGGGAGGAAUGCGUCAGAGAAGGAAAACCAUUCAAAGCCAAAUACAAACUUGUAAAUCAUAUCAGAGUACACACCGGAGAAAAGCCCUUUCCGUGUCCGUUCCCCGGCUGUGGCAAAGUAUUUGCUCGAUCGGAAAAUCUAAAAAUUCACAAAAGGACUCACACCGGUGAGAAGCCUUUUAAGUGUGAGUUUGAAGGCUGCGACAGGCGAUUUGCAAACAGCAGUGACCGCAAGAAACACAUGCACGUCCACACGUCUGACAAGCCCUAUCUCUGCAAAAUGUGCGACAAGUCAUACACACACCCCAGCUCCCUCCGAAAACACAUGAAGAAGGUCCAUGAAUCCACCAAUCCAGCACCGCAGCCAUCUCCAGCGGCCAGUUCAGGGUACGAGUCGUCCACACCUCCCACUAUAGUAUCACCGUCCACAGAGAACCAGAGCAGCAGCUCCAUAUCACCAGCAGCCUCAGCAGUUCACCACACAACCAGCCACAGCACGCUGUCGUCAAAUUUCAAUGAAUGGUACGUGUAAAUAUUUUUGGAACAAAAAAAAGAAGUAGAAAAAAGACUGCAGAAUUAAACAAAAAACAAAAAACAACUGCUUGGAAUCAAAGACUUUAUAAAGUCAGCCAGUGAAACAUGGACUGAGAAAACACGGGAGGCCCGAACGAUCAUUUAAAGGCUGUCUUAAUGUCAAUGAGAGAGAAUGCAUGGACAAAAAGGAGGCAAGGACAGCCACCGAGUUUAACUUUUUUCCCCUCAAUAUUCCUUUGAGUCCUUAUUUUUACUGAGCGACUGCUCAGAAGAGAUCUCAAAAAGCAUGCUAUCUCCGGGUAGAGGCCUGAAUUUUUGUACAUAAGGAUUUCACCAAGUUGGAAAAAAAUGUAAUAUUUUAUUUUGUAAAUAAUUCUAUCACAGUUUAAGGGAAUUUGUGAAAAUGUGGUCCCUAGAUAUAUGGAAAAUGAGAUGGGUUUUAAGAAUAUUGCGAUGAAUAGACUUCAUUGAAAAGAAUGUUAUAGUCGUGAACCAAAUGUGAAUUAUUCAGUAUUACUACAGUCUACACGUCGACCUAACCGACUCUUAGUAUUAAUGUGCUUUUGUAGCCUAUUCAGUGCAACAUUUUCGUCCAAGGUCCAGUUUGAGUAGCACAGUAUCAUUGUUGUUAUUUAAUGUCAUGUCGAUAAAUCGUGUAGUGAAAGCCUGAAAUUCCGUGUCAACCUGUUUAUGUACGUGAUAAAUAUAAAAUCUCUGUCAAUUGCUUUGUCUGAAAGGAAGUAUUAUUACAUGUAAGUAGCUCAAUUUUCCAUAUUUAUCCGCAUGUAAAGGACCGGUAACAUGUUAGAUAUGAUCGGUAUUUAUGGAGAAAUGCGCUCGUAUGUAAAAUUUAGUUUACAAAAAAAUGUUUGGAUACAUUUCGUACUAUAUUAAAGGAUUAAAACAAACAAUAAUGCAUUGCGUUGGAGGUUAUUGGUUUCAUUGGUGAGGUUGAUCUCAACAUGGGUGCUGUGUGGAACUAAUGGGUUCCUUUUAUGUAAGCUGCAUAAAAUACAAUAAUUAGCUGCAGACUACAGCAGACUUUUUUUCACCAUAAUAAUGCAUUCAUCGCGGGUUCGAUGAAAGAAUUAUCGCGCAAAUAAUUCAAACUCUUUAUUUUCUGUGUGUGUGUGUGUGCAUGUUUUUGCACGUGUGUGUGUGUCAAUGGCAACAUUUCAUUUAGAGCUAAAGGUUGUGUUUCAAACGCACUGUCACAACUUCCCUGACAGUCAAUGAUAAGCAAAUUCACUCCCCCCCCUUCUGCAUCUUCUGUUUAUCCCAAAUUAACAUCCAACACUUUGCCCUGCAGUAAUGUGCAAAUUAAAUCGAUUAAUCACGGCGGUUGUUCCUCAGUGUAAACCGAGAUAGUUUGCGUUACUUAAUUGUUCCGGAAUCUAAUUUUCAAAUCUAAUUUAUUUUAUUUUCCGCGUUUGCCGGAUUUCAUAGAUUUAGGGCGCUGAGGAGUCAAUGUGGCCCCCUCAUUGUUCCUGGCUGCAGCUUGCUUGACCGCCCCAUUAGGCAGAGAUCACAUCAGCAGCCGCCAGUGAUCAUGGUUAACACUGCCAGUGUGCACGGAGCCACGAUCUGUCAGUCUGCAGCUUUGUCAGGACCGCUGUAUAGCCGAGAAGAACCAAAUAGCAAUUUUAAUCGUAAAAAAGAAUCCACAGCACAGGAGGUGCGUGUGUGUGUGUGCGCGCGCCCGCGUGUGUGCAUGGACGCGCGCCAGUUUUCCCGUUUAUAUCAGCAAAAAUAAAAAACAUCCACCAUCUUAGAUGAUUUGCUGAAAUGUAUUGAAAUGUAUUCAUAUUUUCUUUUCACGGACUAUUACAUUUGGAGAUAAAUGAAGGAUGGUAAUAAAAUGACUUUUUCGACUCUAUUUAACACUAUCUAUUUAGGUUCCAGUGCUGAUGCUUCACUGAUGCACUGCUAUAGGGAAAACAGACGCACUCCACGCCGAGUGAAUUCGUCUGAGAAAGUCACUUUGCAGCUUUAUAGAAAAAUGUUCACAUGUAACUGGACAUAUAAAUACAGCAGUUUAGAGCGGAUGUGUUAAAACUAUCUUCUAGGCUGGCGAUGUAUUCCACACAUGCGCCAUAUUUAAAUAUAAAGCUGAAGCCAGAUGGGCAAAUGUAGAUGGAAGCUGAAUCCACCUUAAACCAGUUUAUGCAUCAGUUGAACUUGAGAGAACCAUUUAUAUAAAAUAAAGAAAAUUCUGUUUAGAGUCCAGGCUGAUAUUGAUGCAAAGAUGCUUCCCUUUGAGAAUUUGAGUUUUGUUUGGAUUGGUGGUGAUUUGCCUCAUUAUGGACUUCAGUUCAUAGUUCAUCCUCCUUUUUUUUUAUUCCCCUGCUCAUGUUUUACUGAAGAGAGAAACUGUAACCCUUUGAGUCCAAAUCGCUGCUCCUUUAACGUGCCACGACUGAAUGCAUACUGUGCUGUUUAAUUUCCACUCCAGCCUUCUGUUGUAUUGCUUUACACUGAACCCACACACGGUAUCAAAAAUAAAAUACUCGCAAAAAAAAAAAGAAAAGAAGAGUCGACGACAGGCUGCAGCGCGCGAGCUAUCAGACUGCCAUAGAGCUCAUGGUGACUCCAUGAUCAAAUAGGAGCGCAGGAAAAACAGCCACUUUAAAUGUAUUUACGCUCAAGUCUGGAAAUGACAAACACUGAGAUAUGGGCAAAGCGCAGGCGCCAGUAUCAUGAAUAUUUAUCACCAGCACUUGUGGCCAGUAAACCGAGCCUGACGUUUGUGUUACCAAGGUAGACACUCGGCAGUUUAGCUGCGCAUCAAAUAUCAAACCGAAUUGGGGUUCAGCCUUUCACUUCAUGCUUUUACACGUAUACAAAUCUGAAUUGUGUUUAUGUUUUUGGCAAAUAACAUUCAGUUAAUCCACGCAAGCUAUAGUAUAUUAAUACGUUUAAAAUUAACACACAUGCUUGUUUUUAAAUGCAAAAUAGCUCUCUCUUCAGAGACACAUUUCUUAUGUCUGUUUCUGUUUUUUAAACAUUACAUGUCUCGAUAAAUGCAACUUUUGGUGAGACUUUUUGCAGCCACCGACACGUGGAUUAUAUAGUCCAAGAUUAGAAGAAAGCUAUAUCGCCUAAUCCGUGCCCCUUGAUGGAUGAGGUGCCCAUGCCCUCAGCAGUCUGAUCUGCAUGCCCAGCUGCCGUCACUCAGUGAGAACCAAAUCAAUAAGUUAAUACACAUUUGCAGUUUGGUUUAACUAUUCGGUUUCCGGCAAAAUGAUCCUGUAAGUUUAUGUGUGGGAGGGAGAGACAUGUGAUAUCUAUUUCUAACAGCUCCAGAGUCUGACAACGCUCCAAGUUGCAAGUCAGGAAAUAUCUUGCAAAAACGGUAUCCUACAGCCUCCAUCUGCUGAGCUUAAGGGUCCUAAUACAAAAAGGUCAAAUUCAAGUCAAGGCCACUUUAGUUUAUUGGCAUGCAGACAUGUCAAAACGCCUGCAAGAAACCCUGUCGUAUUUGCAGCCAUAGAAGGAUUUAAUUGCCAGACCCACGGUAAUGGAGCAAUCCAUCCCACAGUGAACGUCGACUUUGCAUACAAAGAUAAUCCAGACAUUGAUUUUUGUACACAAAAUGAUUUAUAAUCUUAGAAUAAUAGACUGGACUGGUCGUUUUUGUUCUUUUGAAGUGUGGAAACGUGUUUAUUUUAUUAUUUUUUUUAUUUUAUUUCGUCCUUAGCGAGAAGGCCAGCAGCAAAGACAGCAAAAAUAUAUAUGUAUCAUGAUUAUUUCAUUUAAAUAUGUGUAAAUAGCACACCAUAAUAUUUAAGCUUGUAUUUAAAUUAAAUCGUACACUCCAGCCUCAUACUAUCCAAACAAAAGAAGAUUGCCACCUAAAUUAUGGUCCACUAUAAACUCUCUUUAAAUCUUUAUUAUGUUCAAACCACAGCUCUUACAUGUAGUUUGAGUUGGUCAGUCCAACAUCACCGUUUUAUCUUUAGAAAUAAAAUGUCAAACCAUCGUAAAAAAAGACACCACCCAAAUGAUUCUAUAUUUUUUUCCAAUGUAUUACUUCCUUAUGAUAAUCCUGACUGGAGCUCGUGCGUUCUCAGCUCUUUUUACUUAACCACAUCCCUGAUUGGGACAUUAAUCUCCGCUUGGCCACCGCAGUCCCUCUGCCGGGUUUGGAGAGGGCUCGUUAUAGUGAAACAUAGGCUCACGGUGACCCCCGUUGCAUCAGUUGUGGUCUCUGACACGCUAUUAAGUUUAGACCGUGCAGGAGAUUUGUGGAGGCGCUGACACGGUGUUGUCGCGUCCCCUUUGACGUGUCGCUAAAUGAGGCCACUCCAAUUAGCUCUUUGCGACAGGUUGAUGCUGCUGUAAACCUCUGCAGAGGGGAAAACACCCGCGUCUGAGCCGCGGGGACGUGCAGCGACGUCGCGAUUCACACGGAGCCGUUAUGGUGUAGUUUUUGGUGGUGAAGUGUCUUGCUCAAGGGCACUCCGGCGGUAGUGGCUGAGCGAGAUUUAAUUCCAGGAAAUGCCAGCGGCAACUACGAGCUUCCGGGUACAACAUCUCGCUUUAUUUAACCCCUGCAACCAGCUUCCCAUUCAGUUAGAGCUAUUCUUAUUUUUAUUUUCAAUUACAUUUUUGUUUGCACUGUCUUAUUAUUUAAUACUUUAUAAUAACGUUUUCAUUUUUUUUCUCUCAAUUUGAAAUACAGACUGAUUUGCUUGUGUUUAUCAUGAAGGUUGAAUAACAUAAACAUAGCUGUUAGUUUGUGUACACCUGUCAAUUACACAAUGAAGUUUCCAAUCUUGUGUUUCCAAUUUUGUUGUUAUAGAGCCACAGCCUUUUGUUUUAGACCAUGCAAGUGCAGCUGAUUCAUUAUAGAGGCGUAAACCAUGCAGAGGAUUUCUCAUAAAUUCAUUAGCCGGAAGGAAAUCAGCCCACAUUUUCCUUUUAUGUGUAAAAAAAAAGCGAUACAUAUGGUGUCUUAAUAGGAGAGGUCUUCUCGCUUACAGAGCAGCUUGUCGACAUCUGCUAAUCUGAUGAGUCUUAUAAUGACUUCUUAUUUCGCAAUGAGGAUGACCAGACAAAGAUAAUGACUGACAGAUUCCCUCUGAUCCAUUCCAUCAGGGCAAUGCUUUUUGUCAGUGUGCAUCAUGAGGUGUCCCUGAGGGAAAUAUGGCUGAAACCAUAUGAACUCCUAGUUUAUAGUGACGUUAAGCCUGAUGCGACCUGAUGUUUGGGGUUCAUCCUGUUGCAUGCUUUGUACCCUCUUAAAUUUAACAAUGAGUCCCAAUUAACCCAUUUACUAGUGUUCUGUGUGGCAUAUGGUGUUUUAAAUUGUUAGUAGACCCAAAUUAUUUCUUACUGCUUGCGAUUUGGGCAUCUUAGAAGCCUUUGUUCUCGCUCAUUACCAGUUCUACAAAAACAGGAAUUGCCCAAACUGAUUGGAAAUUUGUCAGGGGAACAUGUUUUUUUUUCUAAUUUAAAUUGUUAGUCUGUCCUCAGGGUGGUUUUGGGUUAGUUACGGUUUGACACUUUACAAUGCGUCUCUUCAAAAACUUGAUGUAGUUAAAAGAUCAGAACGACUGCUGUUGCAAAUUGCAGUCGCAGUCAAAAACAUCAAAAACAAACAAAUCUUAAACCCAAGUCAGGAUAUGAAUGCUUUAACAUCCAGCAGUAUUUGUACAUAUUAAAUCAUGGCAGCAAAUGUAGCGAUGGCUAGCCUCUGCACAAUGACUUUAUCUCGGGGUUGCCUGAAAUUCAUUGUUGUUUUCCUCCUGGGCUUCUUCCCAAAAGCUUCAGAUAAUUGUGAAGGACAAGAGGCAAUAAAUAGGUUGUUCUGCCAGCCAGGUGCCCUGAGUGCAGAUAUUUAAACUAGAAAUGGAAUACAUUUUUUUGUGUAAAUCAUUUUAUUAAAAAAAGUGUGCAAUGAAACCAACUGGAAUCAUAAUUCUUCUGGUUAGCUGGCUCGUGCCUGCAGAAUUGCAUCUACUUUCAUUACUAAGUUAAACUCCACACUUUCCUUUCUGCACACGUUUGUUGCCUGUUAAUUGUUAAGGCUCAGUCGUUCAGUUAGAUCCUGAAUAUGGAAGAACAUCCAUCAUCAUCCCUCCAUCAGUAGAGUCCAGCUCACACUCAGGCUGUUUGUCAUAUUAAUGUGUGCAUUUGUAGAUAUUAUCCAUUUCUUAUUAUUGAAGCGUUUACUGAAAAGAAUAACACUGUCAUUCAGCCAAAACCUGAAAUCCUGCAGUAAAAUGUUUACGACUCAAAGGAUGUCGAUGGAUAGAAAUGUCACCAAACCAUUGUGACGUCUUUCUAUGCAGUAUAGGUAUCAACCUUGUUGCAUUUUAACAAGAAAAGCUGUUGAAUUGUACCGACUGAUGCAACGCUUCAAUCAUACCCCGAUAUGUUCCACCUCUCUGCAGUGCAUUCAUUUAUAAUUACACUGGUAUCUCAGAAAGAGAGUGAUUAAAAGUCGAAUUUGGCAAACAAAACGUGGCUUGUAAGGUAUCAUCAUAACAGUGCGCUUGGCGUAGACAUUAUUUCACCAGCUGCAUCAGCAGGACACGGGUGGAAAUGCAACUUUACUGGUGAUGGGAGCCAAGAAAGAUCUGGAAGCCGAAAGUGUUUGUCUAUGUGUGUUGAACUCGAGCAGGCAAAGAAUAUUAGCUACCUAAUGUUGCCAGAGGAUAGAUCUAGGGGGAAUAUGACUCAUUACAGAGAAAACUGGCAACAUGGAACCUCACUUGGUAUAUGAGCAGUAGACUGUCAAAAUUCAAUGUUAAAUGUGUAAAUUCAUUAUGUAGGCUGCUUGAUCCUGCUCAACAAUUUUACAACACGCUCCGGCCUGUGUGCAGCAGCUGCUCCUGUUCGUAUCUCGCAGUUCGAUUUGAUGUCUUUGACUCCUUAUCUCACAGCAGACUGAGUGACUCGACGUGGUUUAGGUGUGAAUAGAUGGCAAUGUGUGAUGUAAUGGGGUCACGUCACUUCCAGGAGCUGCGGCGACCUCUGUGCUCCUUUGACAGGGAUGUGAAGGAAGUGUGUGAAAGCAAUAUUAAAUACAUGCCAGGGGUUUUUGAAUUAAUUUCAGGCCACGGCGCUAAGUUGAAAGUGCACAGAGGUGAGACGCUGGCAGGUAAUACAGCUCGUGACUGCUCGGUUUCUUGUAAACAUGCAGGUUAAUAAUACAUAAUGUGCUAACAUACUAAUAAGUGAGGAGGUUGAGUAAAGGGCUAUUUUGUAAAAUGUCAAACGUAAACCAAACACCCCAAGCUAAAAGGUAUUUCUCUGAUGCUACGUUUGCUUACAUUUUGAUGACUCAAGGUGUAACGGACCUGAAAAAAAGCCAUUUUCGGUUUUGUAGCGGUGCAGCUCGGUUACAUUUUCCAGCAUGGACAGUGUAUCACUUCAUAUAAACAUCCUGGCAGACAAGAAAUCCAUCUACGCCACCUGAGUGACCGGCCGUCUGACGGUUUCAACUGUGAUCAUUCAGCGUGUUUGCUGAUAAUAAUUCCUAAAUGAAACGUCAUGCGUCUGCAUGACAUUAUAAGGCCUGUGUAUCCCAUUAAUUACAAUUGCUCGUUUCUCACUCAUGGUUUGAUUGAUAAUGAUUGGCCCAAAUUUGCUCGGUCCAGGUGUUUGCUGUUUAUUAUUUUUCCACUUUCUUCAAUUAAUCACUAAUUGAUGUUUCCACCUGCAAUGGAAAUUAUACUACAACUGGCCAAAAAAACUCACACUUGAAACUUUUUUGUGGAAAAUGUAUCACAAUAUUUAGCGUUGAUGCUAUGAUUUUAGUUUGCUUAAUGAAAAAUACAUUUUUAUGCCUGCAUGUACAGCAUGAACAUAGUCAGUGUUUGAGGGUUUUGAAAGUAAAUGACCAGAGUUGAUUUUAAUGCUCGCCAUGUCAGAGGAUUAUGUCUUGGUUGAGGUUGGGUCACUGUGUGGGACCUGACAUGAUGUUUAAUGUCUGCAUAUGGAAACACUUUGUAGUCAGACUGGAAUGUGUUUGAAUAAUGUUGCAUCAAUAAAGACUUUUUUAUUACAAUAUGUGUCAGAAAAUGUUCUCUGUUUGUCUCUGACGAAUGAUUCUGAAUUUCUCUGAAAUAUGAAUUUGUUGUUAAAGGUAAUCUAACUCAGUGUGAGAUGCUGUUUUUCUAAUAAGGCAGAGCUUGAACACUCUAUGUAGAGUUCUGCUUUACCGAGGUCUCUAAAAUCUCUGUACUCCACUGAAAGGGCAAAUAAAAUGUUCGCACUCACAAAAGGUCAAGUCUCUCCAGAAGAUCAAGUUCUGAAAAACAGCGAGGCUUUAACCCACAAAUAACAUCUAAACUUUGCAAGAUUUGUAGGAAUGAAGACUGCAAUCUAGAUGAAAGUGUUUCUGGAGCUCAUGAGGAAAGCAGCAUUACGACUGAAAACCACAUCAGAACAUCAAUAUAUGCGUAGUGCAAGUUCUGUUGCACUGGUGGUGUACGUCUUAGUGGGAACUUGUCAGCAACUUAAAAAUAAAUAUUGAAACUUUGCACGCGUUGCAAGAUGGAUCUUCUACAGCAAGACAUCAGUAUAUUAAUGCUGCAGUUCUAACCAUCAUUUAUUAAUACAUAAUUAUGGUUUCAAUCCACUGUGAAUAAUCUGUCUGUUUACUCAUAGCAAAUAGCAGGACUAGUGUUUAAGUGACACGUUACUUGUAUGCAACCGCUUGUUUUUUGGAAUCGUGUGACAGCCCCCUGCACUGCAUCCACACUCAGCUAUUUGGUAUAAAGCCACGCGCAGCAGUGGUUUGUGUCUAAUGGACAAGUGUUGAUAAGUCCUUAAAAAAGAGCAUCCGGCUGAACUUCUCGCUAAAGGUUGUUUCCAAACGUAUGCGACGUACGUAUCCAUCUGUCAUGGCUUCACAGAAAUCUGCAGACCCCGUCCUCAAGCAGAUAAAUGGCGGCAUGUUGCUACCUAAUGGCGAGCGGAAUGAUUGUUUGAAAGCAGCUAUGUAUCUGUUGAAAAUAUUAUUUCUCCAGUUUGUAUUUUCUUUUCAGGAAAUAAUUGGGUUAUGCUUAAAAACCAGAAUCUGUAAUUGAGACUCACUGUUGAAACUCUGUCACUGCACCACUGGCUUUGUUUAUGUUUUGAUUCGUGUGAUUUAUUCAUGUUAAAAAAUGAUCAACUGAGUUCUUGAAUCAGAGUAAAACAUCCCAUUUGAAUGUUUUGGAGCUUGUAGUUUUCUUCAUUUAGGCUUUGCAAUAAUAAUUUGUGUUUCAAGUUUAAUAAACAAAUAAUUUGCUGGUUCUGGCCACACAAUCUCAUCAGUCUAGUACUUUGCCUGCUGGUGCUUCAUGAACUGAACCUUCCUCUCCUCCUGUUUCUCUAAAUAUAUUCAGGUCAUAACACCCUGUGAUAUUAGGUUUUGCACUUACAAUACAACAUGUGAAGAGUAAACACAAGAAGCCACCCUCUUCCUUUCUCCUCUUCGUGCUUUACACAGACAGAGAGAUUGAAUCGGGAUUAGAGUCCAUAGUAACAUAUCUCUAAAAUAGUAUUAGCAUCAAGCACUGCAAGUUAAUUAUAACCAAAGGGGGUGUGGGGGGGGGAUUAGUGGUUUGAUCCCUGGCCUUGUUCAACAAAACUGUGAUGUACUGUAAGGUUUGAACACUUUAUCCCUCUGGGUUACAGGUCGAUUCUUUGCCAAGUGCACCGCAGCAGCCUUUGUUCAAUGAGCCUUUGACAACAUAUCACACACCUGCUUAUGUGAAUUACAAGAGUUCUAUUCAUAUAUAGGGAGGCUGUUUUUGACUAAGCCUUCUUCUUAAAAAUCAACUUUGACUACUGUCUAAUGUUUUGACAUACACAUUGUAGAAUAAGAUAUAUAACACUACAGAGGACCAUUUAGGAUUAUUUGCAUGCCUAUUUUUGGGAGGCCUAGAUUUGAGAGUCUGACUGAUGAUAUGCGGUCGACUCGUAAAUAAUUUCAAAGUUACAUCACUCGGUGGCUUUCAGCUGCUUCUGCGACAACCCGACCUCAUGCGCAGCAUUCAAUAAAUCACUCAUCCCUGACACUUUUGCUGAUGGUGUUUGACGAGAAUAUCAAACAUCCAUUACAAAACAUUAUUUUUUUCCAUCCAAACAUAUGUUUCAAACAGAAACAACCAAACUAUUUUUUUUUUUCCUCUUUCUCUUCUUAUGCAAUUAAGUUCAUUCAAGUUGAGGAUUGUUGCAUGUGCAGAUGGUUGGGAGACGCAUCAAUCUCUGUCAGCGGUAUAAUAAUGCAGACAUUCCAUACUGGGACACUUCAUGAGCAGAGGAGGCACAAGAGAGCGGGAGUUCCCCAAAUCAAAUAAAGGCUUGUGUCCCGGCUGAAGUCUGAGAACCAGCACCCCAGUGAGGAUGCUGUGGGAAUGAAAUUAUACGCAGCCCCCUGGUUGCACUGUCUGCAUUUUUAUACAUUACAGUUACAGAAACAUUAUUAAGGUUCAUCAAAUGAAAUUCAUGUGUAACAUGCAAUAAAACGUUCAUCUUAGUGAUGUGUAAGUCUGAGCCAUGUUACUUUUUUAAUCUGAAUCAUAGUGCAUUUAGAAAGUCAUUGCAGUUUAAUAUUAAGGUGGCAUUAUUGUAAAAAAAAAAAAAAAGAAAGAAGAAAUUAAUAGCCUGAGCAAAUUAUAAGCAUACUGUGGCGUUUCAAAUGAAUGGUUCUGGUUAUAUUUAUCAAUUUGAAUGCUUUGAGUUUCCCAAAUCUCACUAAUCUCACCCCACUUUGUCACACAAACAUCGAGCUCCAUCUCUCUUUAUACCGUUUCCCCAGCCUUCUGGCAUCUAUCUCUUCUAGUGAUCUUACAUGCACUGAACAAUCCCACCAUGGAUUCCAAAGCCAUAAAAUAUUUGGCAGCACUUCUGAUUCAACUUCUUUUACAUCCCUCGACUGUUGGUCCCCGGCUUCAUGUUGGCAUCACAUGUAGAAAAUUCUGAAGCACACGUUGGAGUAACACAUGGAAAGUAUUGGGGCUGCAGGGAGACAUAGGCUGGAGAAUGAUAAGACUGGAUGCCCUUCAUCUUUCUCUGUGAAUACAGGCCUAAGUCAAUUUUACUCUCAGCGUGAGACUUUCUCCAGCCCAAGUUUUGAGUAAAUCCAAUCAGCUGUCCGCAGGAUUGAGAUGUAGAGUGUCACUGAUGACAGAGUUCGCUGAAAGGAGAUAGAUGCAGUCCAACAUUUUUAAUGAGAUACUACUCUUCUCUUAGCAAUUAUCAUUAAAAAGGGAGUCACGCUUUAAGACUUAAUGUACAUUAAGAAAUUACCAAGAAGCUACUUUUUAGUUGAAUUAUAAUUUGCUCCCCCAGGUCAAAACGGGCAGACAGUUGGGUAUAAAUGUCUAUUCUAAAUUCCAUUGUUAUUUUAAUACACACAAAUUAAUUGGUAAAUUUGACUAAACAACAUUUCCUCAAAGUUGUCUGAGACACGGUUUCUUUAAAAAAAACAAUCACACUAGCAAGUGUGUGUAUAUUUAUGGAGCCUCCGUCAUGUUUUGUGUGUGGCGAGCAGAGAUUUAAGCUCUGAGUUAAGCAUGGCAUCGCUUGAGUGCUUUGGCAUGGCAUGAAAUCUCUCCGUCUGCCAGGUGCCAGCUCCCAAAUCAUACUUCCCUCAAAUGUGCAUCACUUUUGACAGGGGGACUGUACGGGGCUAUCCUGCACUCUCUACAGUGCUGCUGUUCCAAGAAGACAGACCACAUACAUGCAGCCCACCCACCCCACAUGACCCACUCCACUCCAUUUUUUUUCUUCUUUUGGGCACCUUCCCAUCUCCACCCCUGUCUCUUUCUCUUCUAAUUUUUUGAUUGGCUUGAUUCCAUGCUCAUUAGCAUGUCCCAUUAUCUUCUGGAAUAUUCAGGGGAAUGUUUCCAGUUGCUGCCGUUCCAAUUAUUGUAGCGUACAACAUGGUUCAUGACUUUCAAGUUUCUGGAAGUGUUUCAGCUUUUUGUCAAGGUCUUCAGUCACAUGUGAGGGGCUGUAGAUUUGUCAAGGGCAUCUGUUCUAAGCUGGCCCAGAAGACAGACAACGCGGCAAAGAGGGAGUGGAGGGGGGGGGGGGGGGGGGGGCCGGAGCAAGCUGGAAUGAUCCACCUAGAAUUUGUUGAAUCAAAUUCUUGCACCUGGAUAUAAUUGUCCUACUGCUGUGCUGGGAGUUGCCACUGCCACAAAGAGAGCAAAUUAGUGGUUCGAAAAUGGCGACCUGUCAAGACACGCAGCCUCACCUGGUAUAAUAUUUUACCAAGACAAAACGCUUUCCUUGCAUUGCUGGUUAAUGAUUAUUUUGUUUACCGGCUCGAUUAAAAACACUGAGAUGAUGAGCAUGAAAUCAAGCUGCACAACAGCAAACAGUACAGCAGUGUGUAAUAGAUCCUCAAAGAGCUAAAUGAUUCAUUUACAUGUGAACUAAAUCAAAUGCAAAUGGUUUUGUUUAGUGUUUAAACCCUUUUUUUCUUCUUUUGUGUCGAUUUAUGUUUUGAUGCUCAUGGGCUUUUUAAAGGGGAAAAAACAAUGGCGCAGUUCAGAUAAAUCUACAUCUGGUUUGGUAUAGAAACAAUGCACAUGUAUUAUAUUUGUGGUUUGCCAUAUGGAUACAUGAUAAACAAAGGAUUUACAUAAAUCUAAGGAAUUAAUAGCCAGUAAUAGUAAUAUCUAUCAGACUCUUGAGUGCAACCAAACUCUAAUCCCUUCUUGUGUAAGAUCAGGGAGUCCUUUCAUCUGGAUUUGGAAUCUGGAAUGUAUAACUUAAACACACUAAGCCGUUAUAUGUGCAAACUCACUUACGUGCGGCUGCUUUUCGGUCAGCCUGGAGUCUCGCAGAUUGUGUGAGUGGAAUAGAAUUACAUGUUCUUAACUAAAUAAUGCAGUUUACAGAGAUGGCAAGGAUAAAGAAUUGCAACCAUGGGGGGUCUGGACAAUAACUACGAGCAUUGAUGAAUCUUGUGGAAGAUAACAACAGGCCUAAGCAUUCCUCUAAGAAUAUUAAUGGAACACUCUCGAUUUAUAUUCCUUCAUGAAUUCCAGCUGUAUGUGAAGUUUAUUGUAUUCAUUUUCAUCCGUGACAAAUUGGCAUUGUUACAUUGCAAAAAAAAGGUUAUCAUUAAUUUUUAAUCUUGGCAAGCUAACCAGUGCAGAAAACACCAUAAUUGAUCAUACGUUUCUCUAUAAAAUGGCCACCUUGCAUUUAGUAUCCCAUAUGGAUGCAAUAUUAUAGUAAGCUUUAAAAUAAAAUGAUAAUUGAAAUCAGAUUUUUGAAUUAAAACCAUUUAUAGUAUGCAGUUUUAUGGAUGGGAGUGGAGGGAGACUUUUACAUUCUGUUUCUAUGACUCUUCACUGAAGGGUUAUUUUGUGUUGGACCUGGCAGGGUGGUAAAGCAAUGCGGUCAGAGUAUGGUUAGGUGUUUCAUGGUUGCUGGGUGAAGCCAUGUAAGCAAUGUGGCAGCUCUGUGGCCUCUGAAUGUUUUCAGUGGGGAGAAAAAAAAACAUGGUUUGGAACUUAAAGUUGACAGCGAAGUCGGGAGUUUCCAUUAUUUUUCACAUUUUGUGGACUGGAGGCAAAGCUUACUAUACUUUCAGAGAGUCAGAGUCAAAAUAAAAAAAUCCUGAAAUAAUGAUUCAGACCGCUGUAAAAACAUCACCUUAUUUGACUUCGAGGCCUGCUCUCUGGUUGAAAACAGAACCAUUUAUUGUAGCAUGAAAAAAAGUGUCCCUAGUAAUGCAAGGAAAAUAUGCAUCCAGCUGUCUCAUUCACACACGAUGAAAGAGGUUUUGGAGGAAGCAAUUGCUAAAUCUGGAGUAAUCCAUCACGGUUUCUCCGUUCUCUGCACCUGCAUGGUGAGGGGACGUCCCCAGGGGACCGGGGCUAUAGACACUGUGGUACGUAGUCUAAUGGUUGAAUCAGCUGGCAGGUGUGCCCCAAAAGUUACUCUGCCACCUGCACACUGGACAGUCCCUAAUUGGUGUAACUGUUGUAUUGCUUAGCUGGACAGAGAGACACACCUGCAUGGGCCAGGAUGGAUUAAAUACUUAAUGGGUGUGCCUUCUUCUACUGGAGAAAACAAACAAGUAUCCUUUGAAUCUCUGGCUUUUCCUUUUUCAUCAUUUCAAGCCUCACCUGGGCCUUGAUGAAGAUGCAAUAACAAUAUCAACUGUGAAGUUGCUAUUAACCUGACUGCAAGCUGCUAUAUAUCCAAAUCAAUUUGACACAUUUGUGUUUUGAUCGGUCAUCAGCUCGUCCAGGAUGUGAUGAUCCUGAGGAUAAACCAAGAUGUGAACAGUAGAAGAUAAAUGCGGCGUUGAAUUGCUCGUCUAAUGACACGCUACACGGAUUGAACAACAGUCUAAGUGGCUUUGAGCUAACAAUGAAAGAGACGAGCAAGAAGCUCAGAAACACCAAUAUGUUCUUUUAAGUUGGAAUAAAUUGACCCCUUUCGUCCCCCAGAGUCUAUCUGUGGAGCUUGAAUGGCCAUUAGUGCCAGCAUAAAACAAAUGAAACCAGCACAAGAUCCAAGAAAGCUGAUGCUAAUUUCCAACUACAAAAUUCAAAGUAUGCAAUUACAAAAAACAAGCUCCAUGUUAUGUUCCCUCUGUUAGCCUUAUGUGUGGUCUCUUUAGAAGAUUUUAGUCACAAAUGUAACUAAUCAGAUCACUAUCAGUGUUGCGUGCUGCACAUCUUUGAUUUCUUUUGUACACAUUCAAAGGAGACAUUUUUUUUACGGAUCAGUGUAUCUUUGUUGCAAUAAUAUGAAUGUUAUAGUAAUAAACUUGUGUUGCUGCCAGCCAUUAAUGACAGACUUGACCUACCCAUGUCACAAAGAAGUAGCUCUUUGCUUAUGUCCCCUCCCCCUAUUGGGCAUCGCUCUACAUGCAUUCACUGUAAAGAGCAGGAAGACUACUAAAGGCUGAUAGCAACAUAGUAAAUGGAUUUCAAUGAUGCAGCUAACAACUAAAAGCACCCGACACAUAGAUAGUUGUAUGUAACUCGUAUGUUGCUAACUACUUAGCCUUGUUGCAGCUAGUCUGUCAUUCUUCACUACUUUUGAAGUAUUUGAUAUUAAGAAAGACAUUUUCAAACUAAGGCUUUUGGUGAAGUCAUGGUGAGGUAUGGCAGAAGGUACGCGUUUUGUUUUAUUUGAUAUACGUUCCUUUCCAAGCCCCUAGUGACAGGGCUGAUACGUGAGACAAUUUUAGCACAGUGGCCACAAUUGGAAUUGCAGGUCACAUGACACCUGAUGGCUCAUACACAAUAAUUUAAAAAAGCAAUGUACAACAUUAAAAAGAUAAAUUCUGAUCUUCACAAACACUUUGAUAAUACGCUCUUUAUAUUGUCUUAUUAUCUGCCAUUAUGUCCUUUUUUAUUAUUUAUUACAAAACGCUGAAACCUAAAGAUCUAUUUCAGCAGUAACCUGGUGAGCAACUUUCACUGGAAUGAAUGAAACGCAGCAUCCAGAUCCCUCAAUACAUCUACAGCAUGAACCUUGAACUGUUCAGCAUCAACAGGGCUUUGUUAGCAGAAUGGUCAAAUUACUAUUCAAACUCAUUGAUGAACAAUCCAACAGAUAAAAUAAAUAAUAUAAGUUGGAUACUUUACUCCACAGUUCAUUAUCAUACCUCCACACACAUGAAUACUAAACAUUCAGUAUUUACAAUAAUUACAGUAUAAUAUUUGCUGUAAUUACAAUCCAUUACAAAGAUGACAUUAGUGUAAUUUGUUCUUCAUUUUUGACUUAACUGCCUCAUCACACAGAUCCAACAUUGCCAACAUAAACUUGUACUGUUCAGUGACUAAAACCACCAAGCUGGUUUCUACCUGGUUUCAUCAUUAAAUCGAUAAAUAUGCAUUACGUCUUGUUUGUUUUGAUGAUGUCAUUCAUGAUGUUUUGAAGCUACUUUUACUAAUUGUGAUUAUAUCUUUAUUUAUAAUAGGAAGAACGUUCGUUUUUAUCAUCUUUAAAACAUUUUGCCACCUCUCUCUUACGUAAUGAUGCAUUUACUGUGCUAUUCUUAAUACUGUGUGAAUAUUUUGGCCUCGUCCCAGCUGAGAUGUGUGAUUUAACAAAGAACAGGCGGUGGGGAAUAGGAGGAAAGACUGCGCUAAUGGCUGCCAGCUAACAUAAAAAUAUUUGAUGUGUAUCCCCCCGAGGAUAUCAGAUACAACUAGUUUAUUUUUGAACUUGACACAAAUAGAACCACACUUUCUGCUCUCUACGUGGAGCUCCCAAGUGUUCUCUUUGCUAGGCUCAACCCGUCUUCGGGGCAUUAGUUUCUAGUUCUUGAGAUUUAAACUGUGGCCGCAACACAUAGUGUAACAACUCCCCAGAGAGAAGCAGUGAUUGCACUCCAGUGCAUGAGAUGAUGUUAUGUUUAAUGUGUCAGUUUAUUCCUUGAGGGGUUCCCAACAUCUGGCGUGCUUUGAAUUGUUAGGAUGCUCCCACUUCCAUGUCUUUCACUUCUCCUGAUUGGUAAAAAGCCUAUGUUCCAUUUUUUUUACAAUUUGUAUUCUACAGUUGUCAUUAUCAAUUGGGCAAAGGAAAGUAUCCAUUUCCUGUUGUAUUCUACCAGUUUCCGUCCUUGUUUUGUUGAUUCCCUGCAACGUGAUUACACUGAAUAUGGCAGCUUUUGCCGUCUGAUAAUAAUAAUACAAAAUGUUAGGAUACUCUCUUUGAGUUUCAGUGUUACCCAGCCUCACAGGUACCGAGAGCAGCUCUCUGCAGCCGUCCUUUAGUGAGCUCUACCAAAUUAAAGGCCAGCUCCCUGCAGUAAAAGACCCUGCCGGAAACUGGGUUUGAUUUGUUGAUGUGAGUGCGCUGAGGGCAGAGUGGGGGCCAAGCAUUAAAGGGAUCGAGACAACAGGCCAUCACUAAUCAGAGAUCUCAAGGUUGCCAUGAAGUUAAUUGUAAUGCAGGUGGCGCAAGGGGAGGGGGCGAAUAAGAAAUGUCGACUCCUUUACUGCCUUGGCAGCCAUUGUGUUCUAACAUUAAGCCCUAGGGCUAGGAUUUGGCUUUCUCUCUCGCUCUUUCCCCUGUGUCCUCUUUACCUUUUAAUUUCUUAUUAUCCGCUGAUUCCCAUUCAACCUCCAUGGGUUAAAGAAAACCCUUUGCCACGUGUCAAAAGGAAAUGUUAAUAUUGAGCCUGUCCUGGCUGUUGUGAUGCGUGGCAAACCACUGUGGUGAUUCGACAGUGUAUUUCACAUUCACUGGAAGCACUCCUGUUGCAUCAUUGUUAUUUGUAUAAACCGACAGAAACAGCAGACCCUGCUUGCUUUUGUGUCGUUGAAAGGCCAUCUCCACAGAAGAGCCGGGUCAUGAAUACACAAUAGGACAGUGUCCUCAGAGCAGCAUUUGUUUUAGCCCAGGUUUUGUUGUUUCUUGUUACCAUUUUUCCGGGAGGUUGGACUGAGCUGCAUUUACCAUGUUUUUCAUGUGAGUAUUCCAGUGAGCUGUUUGAAAGGCUGUGGAGUUUAGAGAGACAGACACAUCACUGAAACAUUGAGUUUAUAAAGUACUCUCACAAAUGUUUGUUUGUGUGUGUGUGUGUGUGUGUGGAGGAGGCUCAUAACAUUCAUCAGAAAAUUGCAAAAUGUAUUUAAACGCUUACAUGCUAAAAUAUACCUAUGGCUGAUGGGAAUGAAUUUGUCUAUAAACCAAUGUAUCGGACAUAUUAGACUUUUUUUUUGAGUAGAAGAGAAAUAAUCUAAACUAGCUCUAACCCAAAAUGAUCACAUUUCAUCCUGGAGGGACUUUGAAUAUUUGUGCUAAAUUUCAUGGCAAUCCAUCCAAUGGUCAGCCAAGUCACCAAUGUCAUUAUGAUUCAUCCUCUGGGCAACAUGGAUACCUUUAAUAACACAUUUCAUGGCAAAUGAAUUGGGUGAUUUCAGUCUGGACCAAAAUAGUGGACCGGUAAAUGGCUGCCAGCACGGCUAAAAAGUCUUAAAGUAAGAAGCAAACGUGGUUAUGUUAUGAAUGUUUAACCAAACCACAAUCUUUCCCUAAACUUAACCAAAGUGCAUUUGUUGGCUAAACAUAACUCAGGAUGCAAACCUUGAUCUGUACUUUCAAAGUCCUGCCAUUUUUAAGCUCCCUCCACCAACUUCAGUGUCCUUUGUUCCCUGGAAACAAUGUUCACUGACCACAAUCCAGGCAGCAAUUACAUUCCCUCAAAACCAAACAUGGCAAAACAAAUGAGCAGAAUAUCAUUUCUAGAGGACAGCUACUAUAGCAUUUGAUGAAAUAUUUUUAAUCAAAUAUCAGGAUUCUUUAUAGACGUCUAAUUGCUUAAUUAACCUGAAUAUCAAUAUUUACUUUUUGUUCUAAUCUGCGUCUCAGUUUGCAGAUCGGAUUUUUCAUUACAGCGAUUACUAAUUCAAAACCAUCUAUUUCAUCCUAUUUGAUCUGGUCCCUUUGAUAUAAUGUCCUCUAAAGUUUGCUGUUUUUUCUCCUCUUCUACGUCGAUCCUCUCACAACUUUAACAUUUCGCCCUGACACAAGAAACACCAUAAAGGCCAAUCUCAGCAGCUCAAGUGCUGGACAUCAUAGUGAUCAUUUUUUUUCCCCUUUGCGUUUGAGAGGGAAAGGGUCAACUGGAGUGACGGGAGGGAGGUGGAUUGCCUUGAAAGACAAACAUCUCAGUGUCUGCCAACCUGCAAAUGGCCCCUGUGUUUAUUCAGCUGAGGAUUGGACGGCAGCCAGAGCAUCACUGUGGCAGACUCCUUCUUCCAUGGCAUAUGUGAGGGCAAUGCGUUGAAAUUUGCGUUUGAUACAUAACAAAUGAGAUGGUAUUGAACAGCAGGGGUGCUGGUAAGGCAUGGCUGGAUGAGGUACAGCCGGUAUGGUCGAGGGUAAGAGGAGGGAAGGGGGCACUGUGUUUCUGCCAAGAACCUUCCUCAUCAAACUAUUGUGUUAAGGGAAUUGCUUUUACUGAUUUAUGGCAGAAAAACAUGGCAGAAAAAACACAAAGUACCAGACAAAUCAGUGAUUUAUUGUUAUCUCCAUUACUGUACAAUGACAGGUUGAACAAAACUCCCUUUGACCAAAGGCUGGAUCUCUUCACUUCUCUGCUCUGAUCACCUGUCUGUGUCGAAAAUGCUAAUAACCCUCAAAGCAGCCGCCUUUCGUUUAGAAAGCCUUUACAUCUUGCAUGCAAAAAUAUGCAUUCCAGCUUUAUUUUUAAUCCAAAUUUGCAACUUCCAAAUAGUAUUAACCUGGUGAUUAUACCAGCAAAUUUUACAUAUACACCUUUCAUCUUUCACCCACUUCAUGUGACCAAGACCUUGGUCUGACAAAACCAGAUAAAGUGGCAUUAUUCCAACUACGGGGUGAUAUUUACCACAUUCAUCCGGAUAUGUGACAUUGAGAGGGACAAGCAGAACCAGCGUGGCGAUUAAGGCCCUAUUAUCACCUGUGCCUCCAAGACAUCCGUGACUUUGCCACACAUCCGCAUGGGCAGGAAAUCUGUCGAGCUGCAGACUAGCAGUGACUUUGAAAUCAACCUCUUACGAUGAGUUGCAAUGUAAAGCACUUUGAAAAACUCAAGAUGGUGCUUACCUGAGCAGAUCAUCUGGCGUCACGACGCGUCUUUUUGGGGGUUGGUCGAUCACAUCCGUCAAAGUGUUUAGGCGGGUUCGUAUCAAGCGGAACAUUCUUUCAUCUUGCUUAAGGAGGAGUGUGGCGUUUAUGCCUCCAGCUAAGCUCUGAACUGACACCUUCCGUCCUGUUCGGUUGGCCUUAACUGCUGGUUGAUCAGCAGCUCUCAAAUUCAAUCAGAGUGGAACCUCGUGUCAGUGUCGGGGUUUUUAAUCCGAACCUUUUUACAACAUCGCGCUCAGUGAAACUCAAGUCGCAUUUGCAAGAAUUGGAAGAAGCUAAUCUGGAUAUUGAAAUUGAGUUCUUGAGGUUUUUUGAUUGGAAAGCCACAUUGUAGCAAUGUGUUGUUGUUGCUAUUCAUUAGGUGGCUAAAGCUUGUGUCAAUUCAAUGUUUUUACUGUUCAUGAAUGAUAGGAAUUCUGCCUCGUUCACACGGAAUAAAUGCAUAUAAUUGCUCCUUCAUGCUGUUUUUGAAGCAGCACUUCUCUCAAAAGGGCUUUUUAGUGUUGACAGAAACCACACAAUUGUUAUAAUUGGUGGGAUCUGUUAGCAAUAACUUACAUGUUCAGCAAUCACUAUUAUUUGAUGACUUGAAAGCGUUCAUAGCAGAUCGCACACAUUGAUUGGCUAAUAAUCACAUAAUGUUUCAGUGCCUGAAGACCUCAUCACUAUCAAGAGUCUGGUGCAACAAUUCUGGCUCUUAAUGAAAUCAUGUUUGUUCGUCACCAUCGCAUACCACCUCUCAUCUUAUAUGUAGCACCUAUUGGGAGGUGUAGACCGUCUCAAGGGAGACUGUGAAAUCCGUUGAGGCUUGUUGAUGGAAAAUGUGUCUAAGUUCCCAACUUGACACCCAUCUUCCGCCACCUCUGCUACUGUGGGAUCCAGUGUCUUUGUGUGGAAGGGGAUGUCACAGGUUACGAACCGACUUUGCUGCGGCUACUCGAGCAUAAACACAAGAACGCUUUCAUUAGGAGAUGUUCCCAUUUAAGGUAUAUAGGAUGACUGCAAUACAUGAUCAACUGUCCCCUGAUAGCACUGAUUACAGAGAGUUAAAUACAAGUGUGGAAAUGUUGUAGGUGGAUAAUUGUGUGCUUAGUGGAUAAAUGAAGUUGUAAAAGCCAUCUGGUACAUUUCAUUGUAAAAUUACGGAGCAUGGAGGUUUCUUUUGUUUCUAUUUACCUGAAAAGGAGUGAAAGGCCUUCAGGGUGUUUGUAGUAAGGCAAUAAAGACAUCUCACACGUGUAUUUAGCACCUAGUCUUGUUUCAUUAUGUGUGUUUACACACAGUGAAUUAUACUAUAUAAAUGGCACAGCGAGGAAAAAAAAAGAAAAAUCCAGACUCCCUGACCUCUUUCCAGGAACCAACCAACAGGGAUGGUUUUAAUGCCACAACAUGAUUUGUAUUUUUACAUUUGCUUUACAUAUGAUUAUGUUACAUAUUUUCCGUUCGCAAUUACAAUCAGGUUGCAUUGCAGGGUUAGAUGUAAUCCCAAAGUAAUACAAAUUCAGCUCACCGCUAAUGAUAUUCAUGAGUUGCAGCGUGCCCCAGUGCUCUGCCUGUAGCUUGUACCUAUUGUUAAGCCUUCCUAUCUCCCCCUGAGGUAUAGGCUAGUGGCAACAUUUAAGUAAAUGACAUAAUCUACACUUAUGCAUAGCGUAGAAAAGCCGCCAUUGAAAUUGAAAGUAUUCCAGGCCAGCUUCUUAAUGUUUGCAUCAUAUCACAUGUCUUCGUCUUCUAAAAUGUGGCUCGGGAAUAGAAUUGAACUCUUUAAAUUAUAAGGUCUUCCAUGAUUAGAUAAAAGACUUCAAAUUAUUCUGAAAAAACUACGCUCUACUCUUCUUUUUCUUUCGAAACAUCAAAGCGGCUCAGUCCGUUGUUAUCCUUCAUGUCAUUAUCAAGAGCUUUUCUAAAGGACAUGAAGACUAUGUCACUGCCUGCCAUUUAACAUAAGACAAUAACCUCCUUAAGUACAAGGCUAAGUCUCAGCUCUGCCUGCAUUAGGCAAAAAAAAGGCUUGUGUAAUUAGUCGUGCACUAUAAAUCAAGUGGUGUGAAUCUAUUUCGCCAUGGCCUAAUUGAAAGUGCUCUCUUUUUUUCGGGGGCGCUGUAGUCGGACACAGAGCUCCAUCGGAUGGUGAUAGAUGUGGAAUCCAGCACAAACAGUUUGAACCAGUCAGGCCGUGAUUGAUCAGUACCCUCUGGGAUGUCGGGUGGAUCUUUCUCCUUCAAGCAGAAGAUAAAAGCCUUAACGACUCUCCAGUCUUGUUGUACCUUCCAAUUGUGUGUUUGUGUGUGUGUCUCUCUGUGUGUCAGGGUUUCAUUAUUUCGCAGUGUUUGACCUUGAAGGUUCUGUGUGCAUUUGAGCUGUGAUGUCUCAAUGAUUUCUCUUUUAAGUGCCAAAAUGUGUCUUUUAUGCACUAUUGAUGCUGCUAUACACACACUACAUUACUGCCCCAUGGAGGAGGCUAUUUGCAUGAAAAUUUAGUUGAUUUAUGACUGGAUUCUAUAGCAUUUUCUAUAAUCACCCGGCACAUUUUUGCAGGGGCUUAGUAGUGGCCGUAGUGA